AUCUCGAAUAAAACAAGUCAAGAUGGAGGAUGCACUUUGGGCUCAGUUACAAAAUACAGGAUUAGAGGAGCAUGACGACAAGGACAGAAUCGAGGCAGAAAGUGAUGACGAAGAGGUUGAUGUGCAAGAGGAAUUAUCUGUUCCGCACGAAGAGAGGUUACAGGGACCACAAACAGGGCCUAAAGGAGUCAAAGCCGAUCAUGAAUAUCAUCAACAGAAAAAAUUGGUCACAGAAAGCAAGGCGCGUGCAGAAUAUAAUGCGCGUCUGUUAGCGAAAGCACCCAUGACAACCACCUAUUUACAGGACGAAGCCAAUAAAGACCGUGAAGAAUUGCUCAUAUUACAAGCAGAGGAAGAAGAGGAAGACGAUCUGAAAUAUUAUCGAGAGAAAAGAUUACGAGAGUUGAAGAACAUGUCGAGACAACAACGAGUGUUUGGUACGUUGACAACGAUUACAGCUGAUGAGUAUGCCGAUGAGAUUGAUGAGGAGAUGGGCGAUAUUCCAGUGCUUGUGCAUUUAUUUGACGAGAGUAUCCCAACGUGUAAAUUAUUAGAUGAACAUUUGAGAGGCUUAUCCAAUAAAUAUUCACUUGCCAAGUUUAUUAGAGUAUCUGCUCUCCAACUAGAAUUCGAUCUAGUGGAAUCCCCUGCAAUUUUAGUUUAUAAAAAUGGUAUUUUAAUUGCCAAUUUGGUAAGAAUCAUUGAUGAAGUAAGCACAAGAUUUGAUAUAGAUGAGAUAGAGGAUGUAUUAACAAGACAUGGCGCGUUAUCUGAAAAUGAUCUUUAUGAUUUACCCACAAAUUAUGCUUGAACAGAAGGAAAAGAGUGAAGUAUAAAUAAAAUGCCUCUUUCU